AUGUUUGAUAUCAACUACACAGACGGGUCACUGAAAAAACUUACCUCGAACAACAAAAAUGAAGAAUCUUCAGAUUAUAGUGCAAAUAAAUCUCCAAAAAAGGAAAAGAAUCGUGUAAUUUUCACACCCCAUUGGUUUAAAAACGAUGAAUAUAAAGAAAAAACCAAAGUUACCUGGGAAGAUAAAUAUAAAGAAAUGACUGAAGUGCAUUGGAGAAUGGAAGUGUAUGAAAAGCGCAUAUCAGACGAUGAAAUACCAGAUGUAUACCAUCCCGGAAUGAUUCCCGGAAUCGAAGUUAAAAAAGAUCCGUUAAAUGAAACUUUGAAAGAAAAAAGGCUUCUUAAACGAUAUACUAUGGUCCAAGAAGAACAAAUUAAACCACAAUUUUGGCCACCAAGAAUAUACGAUAAAACCAUGAAGCAAUUAAACGAAUUUGAAUCCACCCAGCUUUUACGACAAAUAGAGAAACUUUCUGAGCCAGUUGAUAUAGAUGAUUUCGAUGAACCUAGGGUUAAGAAAGAUGUUCAACAAAAACGAAUAGAAGGCAGACAUACGAUCGUUCUAUCUCAAUUAGACUUCGAAACUGAAAAUGAAUCAGACUUUACUCAAUGGUCUGAUGCAUAUUUUUAA